UGGUGCUAAACCUUUUAAAGGAUUUAAUGCACAAAUAAAUCGAGUUCGGCGUCCCACCUUCAAUUCGUCCCGCAUCUGUCCCGCCGCCACUGUUUUGACCGCUUUAGACUAAACACAAACAUUCUUGUCGAGGCAACAGUCUCGACGGAACAAUUCCCAAGAUCCCCCGCGCCGAAGUAACGGCUUCAUAUUAUCUAAGUAAAUUGUUUUCGACCCAAAUCCCCCGGAUUGCGACGAGAUUCACGCGCUACCAUGGAGGACCAGCUUGUCCAGGUCCUAGCCAACACGCAGUUGGCCGCCGAGGGACCUAGAAAACAGGCAGAAAUUGAUUUGAAGCGUGCUUCUAGCAAUCCUGCCUUCCCUGCCUCUCUCACCAACGUCGCCCGACAUAGUUCUAUUUCGGUAGAAAUCCGACAGGCGGCCUUAACCACGUUACGACUUUUCAUUGAGAAAAAUUGGAGCGGCGACAAUGACGGCUUCCCCAUUAUUCCCGUCGCUGAUUCCAUCAAGGACCAGCUCAGACCUUUGAUUCUUGACCUUGCAUUGAACUCAGACGACAAGAAGAUCAAAUCCUCUGCAAGCUAUGUUGUAGGAAAGAUCGCUAACGUUGAUUUCCCCGAACAAUGGUCUACCCUCCUCCCUACCCUUCUUGAGACGAUUACAAAUGGCAGCGACGACCAACUUCAUGGGGCUUUGAUCGUGCUCCGCGAUCUGGUUGAAGAGAGUUUAAGUGACGAUCAAUUUUUCUCUAUGGCACGCGAUAUCGUUAAGGUCGUAUAUGAUGUGGCCACAAAUGGAAAUCGAAAGCCCGCUCUACGAGGGCUUGCCGUCGCCGUCUUUCGAGGAUGCUUUGACCUCAUGGAUACAGUUAAAGAAGAACACCCCAAGGAGGUUCAAGGAUUCGCUGAGGAAGCCAUGAAGGGUUGGUUCCCGUUCUUCCAAGAGACCAUGAAGCUGGGUCUUCCCGAACGUGACCCGGAGUUGACGUCGCAACCUGAAUCUUGGAACGGCAUUGUCGCUUUAAAGCUACAGGUCGUCAAAUGCCUCUUAAAGUUGAAGCUGGUUUUCCCCAGCAUCUUACUGCCUGAGACUCCUCACUUUUUUCAAGCGAUUUGGGGAGAAUUGUUACUUCUUGAACCUUCCCAUGAGCAGAUGUACAUUGAGAAUGGAGCGCAAGGCAGGCUGGAAGACUCAGAUGGUCUCCCCUAUACCCUUGAUUUUCUCGUUCUAGAAGAACUGGACUUUUUGAAUGGCAGCAUAAGGGCGCCACCAGUUCGCAAAGAAUUAGAGGCCCAGCUAGCAGCCCAUCCUUCAGCACAUGAAACACCUUGGGUUCUAGAUCUCAUGAAGCUUGCUUCUUCCUACGCCCGUAUCACUCUGGAGGAGGAGGAAUUGUGGGAUAUCGAUGUCUCACUCUAUCUUGCGGAAGAACAGUCCGUCAGCGCCAACUAUACCCCUCGAACAGCUUGUGGAGACCUCCUUAUCAAGCUAGGCGAGUGGUUGAAUCAAAGAGCGUUAGAGGGACUCUUCGCGUAUACAAAGAGCCUAUUCGUCGAAGAUGCAUCUUGGAGAAAACAGGAAGCGGCCCUUUUCCUGCUCAACAUGCUUGUGAAUGACUUCGUUGAUUGCGGUAAGGAUGUACCGGCCGAGGUUAGCCAAGCAUUCCUUGAGUUGAUUAACUACGCUAUCAACCGUCCCGCGGAACCGUUGCUGCGUGGUCGCGGCUAUCUAGUCGCUGGCGUGCUGUCUCAAUUCAAUGGGACAGCAGCUGCGCUCAUGGAUCGGACAAUUGAAACUAUUACAUCAGACCAAUCCGAACUUGUGCAGGUCGCAUGCAUUAAAGCGGUUGAGGGCUUUCUACGAGGCGGAAACGUCGCCGGGAACCAUUUACUCCAGGCUAAGGUGGUAAAUGCUAUUUCGCAGUGGCUCUCAACCAAAGAUAUGACCGAUCUUGAGGAAGCAGACGACCUACUUGUCACUCUUACAGAAACCCUUCGAGCUGCCAUCAAUAUCGACAAACGUGUUGCCGUAUCCAACGACAUUCCUGCUUUGGAUCUACUCUUCCUCAUCGCCAAGCACGGCUCAUCCAACUGGCAAGUUACAAUGCUUAUUUGUGAGGAAUUCGAGGAUAUUGUGAAGACGCUGCCGGACCCAGCCGCCUAUCAAGCGCUUUGCCAAAAAGUUCUCCCUUCACUGACCGGCGCAUUCAACGUUGCCGACGCGACUGAAGAUAGCCCACUUAUUACGUUCGCAACUGAGUUGAUGGCAUCCCUCACUCAGUAUGCUUCAGAGCCUCUUCCUCCUGGUUUCGUAGCAGCUACUCUGCCUAAAUUAAGCCGCUUGCUCAUGGAGGGCAAUGAGGGUGAUAUCCUUCGACCUGGUUCUGAAUCAGUCAAGUACUUACUGCAACACGAUCACGAGCAAGUGUUCAACUACCACGAUGAGAAUAACAGGUCCGGUCUCGAAGUUUGUCUCCAUAUUAUCGACCGUCUGCUAGGCCCUUCCAUUGAGGAUAACGCCGCAUCGGAAGUUGGUGGUCUUGCAGCAGAAUUGGUUGAAAAGGCAGGCCACGAGCGGUUAGGACCGUUUUUGCCGCAACUCUUGCAGGCCGUGGCUAACCGAUUGGUCACUGCUGAAGCUGCUUCGUUCAUUCAAUCGCUCAUUCUAGUCUUUGCGAGACUCUCUCUCGUGGGUGCCCAUGAUGUAGUAGAGUUCCUCAGCACGAUUCAACUAGAUGGUAAGAGCGGUUUACAGGUCGUCUUGAGUAAAUGGCUGGAAAACUCGGUCAAUUUUGCCGGGUAUGAUGAGAUUAGACAAAACGUCAUUGCUCUCUCUAAGCUGUACACCUUGAAUGACCCUCGGGUUACUCAGACGUUGGUUUUGGGUGACCUUAUCACCCCCGCAAGUGAGGUGAUCAUGACACGAUCGCGGGCUAGGCAGACGCCAGAUCAAUGGAGUAUCAUCCCUGCGCCGCUCAAGAUUUUGAAGGUCUUGAUCGAGGAGCUCCUCUCGGCCUCGGGAGCUAAUAGCGCCGCAAACUUAGCUGCUGCUGCUGCUUCUGAAUUUGUCGACGAAAUUGAUGACGACGGUUGGGAAGAUGAAGCUGACACGCUUGAUCUCAGCCUAGGCAGUGUCAAGGCUGGUAUGAUGAGCUAUAUGGAGUCUAGUAGCAUGCGCCACCGAGAUGAUGAGACUCAAGCUUAUCUAAUAGAAUUCUUCCUGGCCGCCGCGCGCGACAAUGUUUCUGGUUUCGGAGAAUGGUAUAACCAAUUGACGGACGCUGAGAAACAAAAGCUACAACAGCUUUCUGAAGGACAAUAGUCAUUUGAUUCAGCAAUCGCCGCGUGCCAUGCGGGAUAGAAAGUGAUUUCGCGAGAACAUUUACGAGUGGCGUCUGGGUUCGUAUCAGAUGAUUAGAAAAAGACGUCCGCACAAAGAAUGGUUCCGUCAAAGGCCUGCUUAAAAUUGCCAAAAGGAGGGUUUAAUGCCUUGGUAUGGUGGUUGGCGAAGAUACCUAGAUGAGGGCGGUCCAAUAUUCGGAUUGGACACGCAAGUAGUAUAUAAUGCUACGACAGUAAUCCUUAGGGGGGAAUGGUGACCUAGAUAGGCACGCAACAAUAACUAAGUCUACAAAAUAAAAAUCAUUAUAGUUGA